CUGCUUCCUUGUGUGACCUCAGAGAGACAUCGGGUCAGAUAUCAGGAGGAGACCGGUCCGGUUCUGGCUCCUCCAGCGGUCCAGAUGUUCUGCAGAACAAAGCGGCCUUCAUCACCGCAUCAGAAACAGACGUACUCUACCUGACCCAGUGGUUCUGUUGCCUCAUGGAGCUGCACCUGGUUCUGAUGGGUUGGCUGGUUCUUCCUGUUGACGCCACGUCUUUCUGGAUCAGAACCGGACGGUUCAGACCCAGCAGCAGUUUUUUAACACUUAAUAAUUGUGAUGUUUUUUAACAUCACAAUUAUUAAGUGACAGGACAAAAUUGGUUCAGGAUCCAGCAAAAUUCAACCAAUGAGACAUAAAAAUAAAGGAAAAUAUAUUUAUGAUAAUAAAAGGACAAGAAGGGUGGGGGGGUGAUCAAUAAAGGUUAAAUAAAAAUAUCUGAAUCAGAGAUUGAUCAGAAUCGCUCAUAGAUUCUGAGUCCAGCUCCAUUACAGGAAGAUCGGUCAAUCCAAUGUGCAGGUAGGUUUUCAUACCUUAAAAAUGGUUGCCAUAUUUAAUAGUCUUACUUCUAUUCUGCAUCCAGUAGGUUAUUUUUUCUGGGGUCACAGUUUUGAUCUCAGAAAGCCAUAGUUGAACUGGAAGGGGGGGGGGGGGGGGGGCGUCUGAUUUCCAUUUUGUUGUAAUACAUUUCUUAGUAAUUGCCAGAAGGACUUCUGUGAGUUUCUUAUAAUUUGUCUUUAGAUUGGAGUUUGUGAAGUUCCCCAAUAAACAAUUUGAACUGUUAGAAUCGUGAUGCCAGGAGAUUCAGGAGCAGGAAGUCGGGCAACUUCAUCCAACUCAGGUCUGCUCAAACGGAAUCAGAUAGAUUUAUUCAUCUCCACUGCAGCAGCAUUUUCACUGAAUCUGACCGAUACUGCGAGUGGAACCAGUUAAAUCAACCUGAGAUCAUUUUGACCCAUGUCAAAUUUACUGAAACCAGUAGCAUCAGUCUGGAGUCAGAGUGAGUAGUUUACAUCUGGGCUGAACCAGUUUGGAUCCAGUCUGAAUGAAUCUGAAACCAGUGUGAUCCAUUACUAGGGCAAACUGGACCGAGCUAAACGCUGAUUGGGGACAGUUUCCAAUUUAAGCAGAAGUUAAGCAGAGAACGGAACUGCGCUUCCUCGGUCGACCUGUGGGGGGCAGCAUCGCUCUUUUCCACUGAUUAAUCAUAAGAAGAAGAGACGUACCGGAGUGGUAGUGGAAUAAACUCGUAAAUAAACUUAAAUAUUUGACAUAUUCGUUGGUAGAAGCGGCAUUUUUUCGGACUGGGGGGUUAGAUAAGGGUGCUAAGCUAUUGUUCACGGUAGAGCGGCGGGUUAAGCGGCUGCAUUUCAGGUUUAAAGUCGGAUUGUUGUUAGUUAGCCUGCGGCUAACCUCCUCGGUGUCUCCCUUCCGAUAUGGGUCGUGGAGACGGACCCACGAGGGACAGGACUCCUCUCGGACCUCCAGGGGAAGACGUACCUCUUUUCGAGAUGGGGCCGCCGGGCUGGGGCCCUCCUCCACCAGGAGGUUGGGGACCUCCGCCUCCCGGUGGUUGGGGACCACCGUCCCCAGAAGGAUGGGGUCCAAGAGGCCCUCCGCCUCCAGACUGGGACCUUAGGGGACUCGCUCCUCCGGAAUGGGGUCGCGCUUAUGACUGGGGCCCAAGAGGUCCCCCACCUCCUGAUUGGGAUCCAAGACUUCACCCACCCCCGGACUGGGACCCCAGAGGCCCCCCACCUCCUGACUGGGACCCCAGGGGUCCCCCUCCUCCAGGUUGGGACCCCAGAGGCCCCCCACUCCCUGACUGGGACCCCAGAGGCCCCCCUCCUCCAGCUUGGGGCCCAUAUCCUGAUGACUGGGUGCCUCCCCCAGACUGGCAGCGACCCCCGCACUGGAGAGGCUGGGGUCCGGAGUGUCCUGACCCAUGGGGUCCAGGGGCCGUCUCAUCUGUCCCUCCUGUUCCACCUGUCCCACCGGUCCUUCCACCCGGUCUACCCCCACCCGGUCUACCCCCGCCCAGUCUACCCCCUCCCGCUCCUAUUGGGAUCCCCCCUCCAGACCCUGCGGCCGUCCCGCCCGUCCCUCCUCUGGGCUGCAUGCCUCCAUUUGGGUUCCCGCCCCCCUUCCCGGCGCCGGUCUGGACCGCGGAGCCAGUGGCGGAGGAGCCGAUGCCCAACCCGCCGCCUGACCAACCGGAGUGGAUCAAGGCUCUUAUUUCUGCUCCACCUGGUGACUCGACUCCAGCCGAGACUAAAAAAGACUCUGAAGCUCCCGCCAUCACCAAGGUUGCGCCCCCUGACCCUGCCCCGGCUGCCGCCCCCACACCUCCUGCCGCCCCGAAGCCUGAGCCCAGGUACACGGCCAAGGCGCUGGGGCUGCUAGGAAAGCGAACCUUCGAGAGGCCUCCACCCGGCAGAUCCACAGGGAUCAUCUCCUUCGUCGGGCCAACGUUCGGCUCCAUCGAGAGGGAAGACCUGGAGAAGUUCCAGUUCAGCUUCGAUGUCUUCUUUGGGAACCCUAAUGCCCUGACGCCCGGCGUCCGGGUCCACUUCACGGCCUGCAAGGAGAAGAACCGGGCCGUGGCCACGGAUGUGAAAGUGGCUCCGGGGGGAACGGAGAACGUGGACCCGGAGAUCUACGAAGCCGUGGUCAGCCAGGCCAUCGAGGAGCCGCAGCCCGGCGACCGGCAGUACCCCGGCCAGGUGCACGUGACCCUGGGCAUGGUGCGGACCAACCUGGCGUUUGAGAGGAAGGACAGCACCGUGACGCUGCUGAAGGACGAUCAGGUGCUCAUCAAUGUUCUGACCGACAUCGUCACGGAGAAACGGCGAGCCACCAACAUCAGACCCAAGAUCCCUGCCACCUUCGGCUCCACCAGGGAGACCAGGGAGAAGGGCGUCAUUGUCAGUCUGAAGGAAAACGAAGGCGUCAUUCAGUCAGAAGAACACGGGGAGCUUCAGUUUGAGACCAGAGAGAACUUGAGUGAUGUGGACUUCACCGAGGAGGACAUCAAUGAAGAGGUGGAGUUCACUGUCCUGCCGCUGAGAGGGGGGAAGCGGGCCGUCAGGAUCAAACGAGUCAAAGAGCCCCUCCUCCUGACGCUCUGUGGUGCCUCUUGCUCCGCCCCCGAGGAACUGGAGCGAACCAAUGGGGAGAAGGUCUCUGUGGGCCCCAACCGGACAACGUCCAUGUCCAGGGAGGAGUUGGAGCCUCACAUGGUGCUGGACUCUGAGCUCUACGAAGGCAUCGUCAGCCAGACCAUCAUCGAGCCCAAGGAGGACGUUCCCGGAUAUCCGGGUCAGAUCGUCGCCAACAUCGGCCCCCUCAGGACCAACGUAACCUUUGACCACCGGGACUGUUCGGUGACUCUGCUGAAGAACGACCACGUCCUGAUCAACCUGCUGAUCAACACCUUGACCAACAAGAGGCGGGCCGCCAACAUCCGGCCCAAAAUCCCCUUCACCUUCCGCUACACCAAGGAGGUCCGCGAGCAGGGAACCAUUGCCUCGCUCAGAGACAAGGAGGGGCUCGUCGGCUCCACUAAGCACGGCACCUUGCCCUUUGACCUCUGCGAAAACUUCAGCGAUGCAGAAUUCGACUCUGACGAUGUGGGGAAAGACGUGGAGUUCACAGUGACCACGGAGAAAGCCCAGGUCAGAGCGAUCCGGCUGAGGAGGAUGAGGAGGAGCAAGGCGGCCAAAGACAAGAUCCUGCAGGAGCAGAAAACCCGCGAGCUGGAGGAGCGCCAGAGGAGGGAGGAGGAGCGCAGGCAGGAGGAGGAGGCAGAGAGGAGGAGGAAAGAGGAGGCGGCUGCUGCUCUGGCAGCAGCCAAAGACAAGUGGACUCCGUUCGGCGUCAGGUACAGAGUCGCCGACUCCAUGCUGGAGGUCAGCAGGGAGCGCUUCCAGGGCACCGUGCUCAAAGCCAUCUGCAGGAGCCCUCCCAAGGAGCCGAGGGAGGAGCAGGAGGAGACGCAGGAGGCAGAUGUGAAGGAGGAGGAGAUGGUGGCGAAGGAGACGAAGCCGGUGCAGGAGGAGAAAAGAGGCAUUGAGCAGGUCAAGCAGGAGGAAACGGAGGACGGCGAGCAGCAGGAGGCGACGGGACCGACUGGGAGGAAGGAGAUAAAGCAGGAGGAGGAGGAGCAGCAGAUCGGGGCCCCCAGCCCGCCGGCCCCCGAGGUGGGUCGGCUGGUGAUGACCGUGGACGGCCGGCAGAAGCAACUGACCUUUGGCCCCAAUGACCUGCUGACCCUGGCCACCAUGCUGGUGGGAGACAAGGUCCGCUUCAGCCUGGCCACGCACCGCCUCACCAAGGAGGAGCGCGCCACCUUCAUUGAGAUCCUCCCCGACUCCUUCGAGGAGUCCAUGGAGCAGCGGAUGCACGGCAUUGUGAUCGAGUUCUCUGAGGACUCUGGUCUCAUCAAGUGUUCGGAGAACCCUCAGCUGUUCUUCAAAAUGUCCGAGGUGGUGGAGAAGAAGAAGCUGGAGCUGAACGAGAAGGUGGAGUUCAGCGUCGUCCCGCAUCUGACAGCAGACGGAGGGAAGCAGGCCAUCAGGAUCAAACGCUUCACGGAGAAAGUUUUUCUCCCGGUUCGCAAACUGAGCGGUGUCGGAGCAACCAAAGGGAAGAUGACCAUCAAGUUGGCAAAACCCCCAGACGGAGCUGAAAACCAGAAACCAGAGGCAGACAAACAGAAGGCCGUGUUUAAAACGAUAAAGAAGGACACCAGCAUCUCCCGCCACAAGUACCGUCGCAGCCGGAGUAAGGAGAGGAGCAAAAGUCGGAGUCCAUCCAAAGAUCAGUUUGGCCGCGUGGCGAAAAAGAGACGCAGCACGAGCGUCGAACGAGAACGCAGCAGCAGAUACAGACGAAGCCGAGAGAGGUCGAGCAGGCGCAGCCGGAGCCGCAGCGGCAGCCGCAGCAGAAGCCGCAGCGGAAGUCGCAGCAGAAGCCGCAGUAGAGAGAAAAGCUCCAGGAAGAGGAGCAGGUCCAGCAAAGAGCACGAGGACAGCCACCGCAGAAGGCUGAGCCCACCACCACGGCGAGGCGCGGUGGUAGAUACCGAGCUGGCAAGGAAGAAACGAGAGCUGGAGGAGCUUAACGAGAUGAUCGCCUAUAAGAAGUCUCUGGUUGACCCCAGGGGGCUGGAGCCUGGAGGCAGGACCUGCAUCGACUACGACCACGGCAGGAUCAGCAUGCCUCGCUCAAUUCUCAAGAAGCGCCCAGAAGAACCAGAUUACAUCCGGCCUCCCUAUGAUGACCCUUACUAUGACCGCCCGUACGGUCCGUUCCCAGGCCGCCGCUAUGGCGAGCCCUACAGCGACCCGUACCCUCACCCGUAUGCAGACCGGCCAUACGCAGACCGACCGUACGACAGCCGUCUCUAUGGUGACCCUCCCUAUGGCGGAGCCCCUUCUUCCAGCCAUCGCUACACUGAUCGGUAUGACGUGUACAAUGAGCAUUACGACAGUCACUUCUACGACCCCGCGUACAGGGAACGUCCCUACGAUCCUUACCCACCAGUAAAACGAAGUAGAUCUCCAGAAUCUCGUAUCUCUUCCCCACAUUCUCCACCUAGCCAAGAUGCUGACAUCUCUGCUAAAUCCUUGACUCACUCAGUCUCCACUUUCAGACCUCCGUCUCCCAUUGACUCUCCUCCAAAAACACCUUCUCCCAAACGAAAGUUCACAACUCCCCCGCAGUCCCCUCCAGCUCAGAAACCCCCUCUGCACCGAUUCCUUGACAUGCUCAACAAGAAGACGGUUGCUGAGAAGACCUCGGAACCGUUGGAUAUUACAGACGACCUCCUGCCUCAUGAGCGAGCCCUUCAGGAUGGCAAAGGCUUCUCUAGUAUUGUAGGUCUGGCUCAAGAGCGCCCCAGCAGCAGUCUGGUCCAUGAAGUGGAGAUCAAGCAGCCAAACUCCAAACAACCCUCUGUGGAGAAAAUGGGUGAUGGUCAGAAUCCAGAACCCUACGAUAAGAUACAAAGUCUGCUGCGUUCAAUUGGCCUCAAGCUGAGCUCUGGAGAGGUUUCCAAACUGGCCAGUAAAGCUCAGGAGAAAACCUUGAGCUUCAAGUCGUCAUCGAUGGAAAGAGAGACGUUUCCUAAGGAAGAGUUGCGGAGCGGCAGGACUGGUUCUGUGGAAAUGGAUCAUAUCCAUUCUCCCUCUCCUGCCAGAUCUUCCAGCAUUGAACCGCUCAGCAAUCCGAAGCCGGUCGUUUCGGAGUACGAGAAAUUCUUUGACCAACAUGAGUUUGAAGAGCGAAAGAAGGCGCAACAUCUGCAGAGCCAUACCAAGACGACAGGGAGCGCACCGCCCACCGUUUCCUCUCCAAAGCCUCCUCCGGGGCCGCCUCCUGCCCACUACCAGCACCCAACCCCCCCACUCAACUGGCCUCUUGGUAUCACCGCCACAUCCCACGGCCCUGAUGCCCCAGCUGCAGCCGCCCAGCCCCACCCCAGGCUGCUGCGCCCCCCAGGCCCUCCACCAGGGCCUCCUCCACGGCGCCAGGCACAGCACCUUCCUGGCCCUCCGCCCCAGCGUCCAGCUGGACUGCCUCCUUUCACGACAGCCUCCACUCAUACGGUUCUUCCGUUCAUUGGCCAAGCCAGUCCUGCUUCAGCCGCCAGUGGAGCCACCUCCUUACAGCUCGCACCCACUCCCACCGUGACACCAGUAACCUCAAGUCCUUCAAGCUGCGACCAGUCGCCCAUGUCUACCACGGUGGUGCGCUGCUUGAACCUGAUUGAGACUGUGAAGUCUCUGAGCACCCCGCCGCCAGCCAAACCUGUUAAAUCUGUCCAGUUCAGCUUACCCUCAGUGUCGUUCAGCAGCUCGCCGCCCUCACUGGAGACGGACGACGACAUCAAGGCCAAGCAGAAGGAGAAGCUGGAUUUGUAUAAUCAGAGGCUUCUGGAGAAGAGGGAACAGGAGUACAAAGAGAGGCUUACCCUCAGGAGACAAGGAGAGAGGAGCAAAGAGGGUCCGCCGGUCCCGGCAGGUUAGGACCUUGGUGAAGAUAGACUAACGAUGCCCUGACCUGCUCCCAGGUUAUCCACUCCAUUCCCAUCAAGGCUUUUAAGUGAUUGGUAUGGGAUUCCCUGCUGAGCCCCAGUAUCUGUGCUGGUCUGUGAUUAUGUCAUCUGCAUCACUACAGAGAGCUUCAGCCAGUUGUUACAAACCGCGGCCGACUUCUGGUGCGAGUUAGUGUGACGGACUUUGCACAUGAUUUCAUUGAUCUGACAAAGUUGGAGUUUCUCCAGUAGUGGAUACCUGCCGCUAAUUUGCUAAUAGCAGAACUUAUUUGUCAUUUAGUGCUUUAGUGUUUUUGCUAACUUUGAAAACAUUUAUUUCCAGGUUCUGAAAUGCUAAUUUACUUGCCUGUUUUGUAAACUUUAAGUUAAAGUUUGACAUCUGUGUUGACAUUUAGUUAUUGACUGCUGUUAGCAUGUAGCAUUACAGUUAACAGUUUAAAAUCUUCUGAUGUCCUGUUUAGACUCUGCUAAAUAUGGUGUUGGUAUAGCUCUUUAGCAUUAGUGGAACUAAUAUUAGUGCUUUUUGGUUAGUGCAACAAGCUUUCUAGUUAGCGGUGCCCACCAUUGAGCUUCUCCAACAAUUAGCAUCUUUCAUAAUGUUCCAUAAUGCCAGCAGACUGUAUCAGGCCCUGUGGCUCCUGAUCUGACUGUGUAGGAGAGAGAAUAACCCAUUAAUAAGGACGACCCUGUAAAAGUUGGGGACCAUAGUCUGGUUUUCACUGCAGCUGCUGCGGUCCCUUGCAUCCAGGAGUUCCUCCAUGCUAGCUUCAUCUACCAAAGCACCAGCUGGCUAACUCUAAGGUGGGCAGAUGGGCCGCAUCGAGCUUUGAAGUCUUCAGGGUUGCCCCCCAGCGGUGACUGAGUGCAGACACUUCUGAUGAUCUCCCUGAAUGUAAUGUUUGAUGCGCACCGAAUCAGAAACAAACCCUCGGCUUUGACCAGGAUCACUUCUGCAGAAAAAAGAUCUCGUCGUCAUCUUCCCGCAGCUUUAAUCAUUUUGGGACCUCAGCGUUUCGUUGCUCUCUGUAGCACUCUGUGUGCUACCAACCGGUCAUGACGCUUACCACAGGGAGAAUCUCGGAGCGAAAUGCGGUUGAUGUUUUAGGCUGAAGAUGUGCUCCAGGACUUGGUGAGGCCUGGAGGGCAGCAUGGCUUUUUGUAGACAUGGCUUUAUGAGUGCAGGGUUCAGUCAGAUAACUAGGGAUGCUCACUUAGAGCGAGCUAGUUGUUGGUCUCCUGCUGUUACUUUCUCAACAUUGCAGAGUAAGGCUAAGAGCAGAAAGCUACAUGUGAAUAUUAGCAUCACCUGUUAGAGUAAUUCAUCACUUGCAGCUUAGAUCUCACUGACUUUCUGGUAAACAUUAGAAGCUAAAGCUAAAUCAGAUUUAUGAAGGGCUUAAGUCUGUUUGAAUUAAAGAACCUGAUGUAUUUCUGGGUCGGAUCUGUUCAUUCUUAACAUAAAAGCCAUGUUGAUAAAAGCCUUGUGGGUUCCUGCGGUCCCUGUUCUUCAUGUUUUCACCGGAUGUUGCGUUUUGUUUGUGGUGCGUCUUUCAGACAGGUGCUAGUAAAGCCCAUCCGGGUAAGUUCACUUCGGUUCUGUUUUCUUCAACCAUCUAGCAAGACGUUGCACCAAAACAUCUUUAGUCUUUAUAAAGCUGAUGAACAGUAAGUAAAACCCACCAGACUGUAUUAAGGGUCGUGGUAAUUUGUUCUGUCCGUUAGAUUUAAUUCAGUUUCUGUAUCAGGUGGAAAAUGUGUAGCUGCUAAAAGCCUUAAUUGGUGGAAAAGGCUGAACAAGUGACAUGUCUCUGCUGUACUCCUCAUUUCUAAACGUUUAGUUUCAUAUUUAGAGAUUUGACCCGCCUUUGUGCCGCAGAACCAGCCAACAGAACCGUAUAGAUUUAAGAGUCUUUAUGCUAGAAGUAUCAGUUAGCUGUAAUGUUGAGUAGUUUGAGAUAAAAGUGUGUAGAUUUUCACCAGGAUCUUCUUCUCUACAGCUAUAAUUCACUGUAAUUGAAAUAGAAAGUUUUAUCUGUAUUUUUCAAACAGACCAUAGUUAUCAGAAUAAGUCAGGAUCUCGGUUGAUUGUCGUCGGCGUUCCCGUCGGUACAGCCGCUAGUCUGAUAUCACCUCAGGUUAAGCUAACCUUUAUUAAAAAGGUUUUCCUAACUUUGUGACUUUAUAAGUCUGCAACUUUUCCAUGUUGUGCUGAGAAUUUCUAUUGUUUGCAUCCUCAGGUUGAGCAUCCACAUUCCCAGUUUAGACCAAACUGGUCCAGUAUGGAGUUUAGCAACUGAAAUGAAAAUCUGUUCACAGUGAUGAACAGAGGCAGCAUUUAAACACAGACCCAUCUAAUGGUUUUCUGUCUUUUCUCUUCAGGCUGGUAGACUUUAAUAGAAACUUUGUUUGGUCCAGAAGGCGUUAAACUAACCCACAGACUGGAGAAAGGAAAAUUCAUGCCAGUGUUUUGGGGAUUUGGUGUCAUGGGGCCAGAUGUUAGUGAACCUCUACUUCACUGUGUUGAGAUCGGUUCCUGUUUCUACUUCAUGGAUGGAUCCUUGGGCCGCGCUGAGAGGAAGGAACCUUGGCAGGAGUCGGUCCUCAAACCUCCUUAGCAGGGGUCUUGGAAAGUUUCCGAUGUUUAGUCGGCCGCCCUCUGUGGCGCUCAGCUGAUUUUGACGUUCCGGUGGGGUCCGUCCUCCAGCACCCGGCUCUCUGACGACGGAUCGGCCCUCCGAAGCCGCUGGGCCCGAACUGAACCCGAAUGCAGGCUGCUCUGAGACCAGGGUGGAUUUUACAUUUAUUGACAUGAAGAACUCCCUGCUUGAUGACAUUACCCCCAAAUCCUCUUUUCUGAAUCGAUUAAAACCCGGGGCAUUUCCUGAACAAUGAACAUUAAACAAAUGACACCUUUAGGUACAGACCUGAGCACAGCUUGUUCACUGACGCAUCCUAGGUCUAAAGUUGCUCUUUUGGUUAGAUAGCUAAUAGAAGUUCAUUUCAGUUCUACAAACAAAGUACUGGACCACGAGCAAACCAUCAGAGCCAGAUGAGGAGGAGCAGACUCGUUUAUUGGCAAAGAAACUCGUUGUGCUGAACCUUUAGACAUUAAAACAUGAUGUUCUUCAUGGUUGCUUGACUUUUUGCGCGUCACAUUUCAACGUCUGAACUUUACCUAAAGGAUGUGGAGCCAACCUAGAGACGGCAGGUAAAAGUCUCGCGGUGCUUUUCCGUAUUUGCGGGAUUAUUUGAAGGUUUCAUAACUUGAUUAAAAUGACAAACUUUG